AAGCAUGUCCGCCCUCCAGGUAUAUCUGCUUUAUCAACUCUGCUUAUAGUGCUUUGGUCUUUGCGCGUGGAACACAAUUACACUCACAUGGAGCAUUUCAGACAAAUGUGCAACAACACGCGACAUCAUGAAAGUUGAACAAACUUCAUCCACCGCAUUCCCUAACACACGUCCGGGAUCCGAAGCCAUCCAAUACCCCAUCGCACCAAUUGCCGCUCCGCUUGCUCAACCACCUGCACCUAUUGCCCCUAUGGCGGGGGAAAGCCAAUCGGCACAUCCAACCCCACCUGUUGUUCAAGUCUUCAUGCAGCCGCCUGUCAACGUCGGCACGAUGAUACCUGAUCAAGGCAUCCAACCUACGACAAUUCCCUGGGCCUUGGGUUUGGCUCUACAAAGUGCGCGUCACGAAGUUGAGUAUCGUGAUAACCAAAUUAGAGCCCAAAGUGCUCACGUUGGUGCUAUAACACGUCGCAAUCAAGACUUGGAGCAUCAGCUGCAGCAAGCAACCGAAAACCUCACGAGCAUUCAAGCUGAAUUGAAGGAUAUUGAGGCGAGUAAAGAGCAGGCAGACGAAGUCAGAAAGAAUUUCAUGUUUGAGAUUUCGAACCUGAAAGAAGAGGAAAUGAUCUUGCGGGAUCAGUGUAGAGAGACUACGCUAUGCUUGAGAAGAGAAGCGAGACGCAGGAACGCACGAUAAAGGAGCUCAAAGCUAAGCUUGAAAAAGAGGAAGAGCGCUCCUUUGACUUUCACAUUGUGUUAGAAGAGGAAAAAAAGAAGAGAAGGCUUGCUGAGGCAGAGACACGUCGGUUCAAGGCACAGCAAAACACAAUGCCAAACAGCAUACACGGAAAGCAUAAGAGGAAGUGCUCGGAUUCUAGUCCACAUAUGCAACCCAGGCGACUUUGUUGCAAGCGCUGUGCUGGACUACCUGGCGUUCGUUGUGAUGGGAAGACAUCCUGUACUCGAUGCAUCGCUGACAAAAAGGCAUGUCGCUACUGGAGAGGC